AUGGAACCGUUAGAAGGCCUAAACUCACAUGACGUUCGGGUGAGAUAUGCCAUGGAAUAUGAAUAUCGUCGCGGAACUCCACCAUCAAUAGCCGCAGCAAAUAUCAAUGAGGUCUACCCGAAAGCCGUUGGUGAGAGCACAUGUUAUCGUUGGUGGAAGAGAUGGAAAGAAGAAGGGGUUAAUGUAGAAGACAAAGAAAGACCAGGACAACCAUCGAAGAUUGACAACGAAGUAUUGACGGAUCUGAUUGAAAUGAAUCCAAAAUUUUCAACUAAAGAGCUCGGUGAUAUACUUGAAGUUGAUGCUACUACCAUUCAAAGACAUUUGAAAGCCAUUGGCAAGAGAUAUGUGUCAUCUGUUUUGGUACCACACGAUCUCACUCCUCAGCAAAUGGCAAAACGUGUAGAAGUAUGCCAACAAUUGCUUUCUCGAGAGAAUUCUGACGGUUUUAUAAGACAUAUGAUAACCGGUGAUGAAAAGUUGAUAUACUAUGUCAACGCUGAUAAAAGGAGUGAAUGGAGAAGUCCGGAACAACUACCUGUUGGGACACCACGACCAGAUUUUCGUCAACAGAAAGUAAUGUUGUCUGUUUGGUGGGAUAAGACGGGAAUAAUCCACUGGGAACUGUUGGAAGUCGGAGCCACUAUUACAGCUGAAGUCUAUUGUCAACAAUUAACAAGACUUCGUGAUAAGCUUUUCGAAAAGCGUGGUUCAUUGAUAAGAUAUUGGGGCGUUAAGUUUCAACAGGAUAACGCCCCAUCACAUACUGCAAAGAAGACCAAAGAUCUAUUGAAGGAGUUUGGGUGGGAUGUUGUGGAUCACCCACCAUAUUCACCAGAUAUUGCUCCUUCAGAUUAUUAUUUGUUCCGAUCAAUGCGACACUUUCUUGAUGGAAAAAAAUUCAAAAAUCGAGAAGAGGUCAAAAUGGCAGUUCAAGAGUUUUUCGAUUCACAACCAGAGGAAUGGUAUUCCAAAGGAAUUUAUGAGUUGCCGAACAAAUGGAGAGAUGUCAUAGAUUUAAAUGGCGAUUAUAUUAUUAAUUAA